AUGGUAAACAAAUUUUUAAUAAUAUUUAUCUCUGCCAUUUGCGGUCUGUUAACUGCGUAUGCAACUAAUCCAUUAGUAGGUAAACCAGUAAUACUACCAACUUGUCCAGUACCCACCGAACAGAUUUUGAGAUGUCUGGGAAGAUGGGCCUGUCAACAUGCCAUACGUUUGGAUCUAAGAUGUCUAUUAAAUCUUAACGGAAAUCCUCUUCUUGGUGGCCUUUUAGGAGGUGGUGGAAUAUUAGGUGGAGAAAAUGGAGGUGGUCUUGGAGGUGCUAUUCCUGGUGCUGGUAAUGGGAUUGUCGGCGGUCUCUUAGGGCGUUAGUUUCUCUUCUUACUUCAUUGUAAAGUUAAUAAUAAACAUUAUCAUUACUUAAAGUGCCCUCUGCUAUUGUCAUUGUCAUAUUAA